CUCAGCCUCUCUGGCCUGCCUGCGGCCGGUCGCGUCAUGUCAGGCGCUGCUCGGCAGUAGUGCCCGGGGACGCCGCUGCCGCCCGCCCGAAGCCGCGCCCACUGCCCAGAGCCAGAGGGAUGGUGGUAGUCACGGGGCGGGAGCUAGACAGCCGUCGCCCGGACGGUGCCAUGUCCAGCUCCGACGCCGAAGACGACUUUCUGGAGCCGGCCACUCCGACGGCCACGCAGGCAGGGCACGCGCUGCCCCUGAUGCCCCAGGAGUUUCCUGAGGUUGUCCCCCUUAACAUUGGUGGGGCUCACUUCACUACACGCCUGUCUACCCUGAGGCGCUAUGAAGACACCAUGCUGGCAGCCAUGUUCAGCGGGCGGCAUUACAUCCCCACGGACUCUGAGGGCCGGUACUUCAUUGACCGAGAUGGUACACACUUUGGAGACGUACUGAAUUUCCUGCGUUCAGGGGACCUGCCUCCCUGGGAGCGAGUGCGGGCUGUGUACAAAGAGGCCCAGUACUAUGCCAUUGGACCCCUCCUGGAACAGCUGGAGAACAUGCAGCCGCUGAAGGGCGAGAAGGUGCGCCAGGCGUUUCUGGGACUCAUGCCCUAUUACAAAGACCAUUUGGAGCGGAUUGUGGAGAUCGCCCGGCUGCGUGCAGUACAGCGGAAGGCCCGAUUUGCUAAGCUCAAGGUCUGUGUCUUCAAGGAGGAGAUGCCCAUCACCCCCUACGAAUGUCCACUCCUUAACUCUCUACGCUUCGAGCGGAGCGAGAGUGAUGGGCAGCUCUUUGAGCACCACUGUGAAGUGGAUGUGUCUUUUGGGCCCUGGGAGGCCGUGGCUGAUGUUUAUGACCUGCUGCACUGCCUGGUCACGGACCUCUCGGCCCAGGGCCUCACUGUGGACCACCAGUGCAUUGGGGUAUGUGACAAGCACCUUGUCAACCACUACUACUGCAAGCGCCCCAUCUAUGAGUUCAAGAUCACAUGGUGAAAAUGAAAAAGAUCCACAAAGAUCUGUUCCCACUGCAUUUCCUUCUUGCUCUGUCUGUGUCCUGGGCCAACUAGUCAGGGUAUGGACGUGCAUCUCCUAAAGGAAGAGCUAUGCAACACCACUGAUCACAACAUCAAAUUUCUGGGCUGCGUUAAGGGUAUAUCUCUCUA